AUGCCCGUGAAAGAAACCGAGGCGGAUAGUAGGUAUGUAGUUGGAUGCGCGAGCAUGGAGCCUACAAACACUAGCUAUCCGAACGCCACUCAUACGCCGAACGUCAGUAAACCCGAUAAUGUCAAUCGUAGAACUAUUCAGUUUCCCGAAGGGAAAGAACUGUUAGAGACGGACAACCGAGCCAAAGCCGCACAAGCGCGAAAACAAUCGAGCCACGGACGAUUCCCUCCGAGAAAAAAAAAAUCGGGUCGCCGGAAAACUGGCCGGAAAAUUUUCCCGGCGACGGACCGGCGGCCGAGCCGGUACUCGGACACCGUCGACCAUGCACCACCAUCCCCUCGAUCGCAGCCCAUCCCAUCCCAUCCCGCUGUACGACCCAUCCCACGCCCAUUCCAACCCCAAAGAGUCGCACCCCCCUAUAUAUACCUUAUGCCAUUUUUGGGAUUUCCACCAGUAUACAUUGAAAUGUCUGAGCAGUCACUGGGGGUCUAG